UGUGAGAAUAACGUUGGUGCUCAAGACUCCACCUCCAAAUCAAUUCUAUAAGACAGGUCAGACAUUGUGAGCUACUGAACACAGUCUGAUGUCAACAGCCACGAUGGCCAGGCUGUGGCAUCUCAUGUUCCUGUGCUGGGCAUGGACUCCUCUGUGUCUGCUGUCCAGUGUAAGCUUCAGAGGUACACCACAGGAGUGUGAAAAGGCUCCCUUUGUCCCUGGUUACAAUCUGGGUGGAGAGGGCUUCGACAUCGUCACAAUGGAACGGAAAGGUGCCUAUGUCAUCGACACUGAAACAUGGAAGCUUGGCAAUGGCACAUGCAGGCUAUUCAGCAACAGCUACAUGAACCGAGAGAGCCAGAAGGUUCCAGUUGCCGUGGUGGACUGGAGAACCCUCCCUAAGUGCAGUUUGAAGGUCUCCGGUGUACUCUAUGAUUCUGUCGAAGCUCUUGUCAAUGAUUCCACCUCAGCUGUGUCCAAUGAUUGGAAAGUUGGCCUUGAAAUCCCUGUAGACCCAUCUGUCACUCUUGGUGUUGGCUUUGGAGGUUCCCACUCCAAAGAAUCUAUCUUUGGCAUGCAGAAGUCCAAACAAGACCGCUACACCUUCUCUGGCCAUUCUGUCUACUGUAACUACUACCGCUACAGACUGGCAACAAAACCUCCACUGAGUCAUGAUUUUGAAUCAGCUGUGAACUCCCUUCCUUCCUAUUCACCCAAAACAUUGUCAUUAUAUCGCAACCUGAUUGACACUUAUGGUACACAUUACAUCACACAAGUGUCGCUAGGAGGGCAAAUAAAAGCAAUCACUUCCAUCAAGACCUGCAAGGCAACCAUGAAUGGACUGACAGCAACAGAAGUCAAUGACUGUCUGUCAGUGGAGGCCUCUGCUAGCUUUGCAAGCACUGCCAGCAUUAAGGCCGAAUACAAGCACUGUCAGGAAAAGAAGAAGAAGUUAGGCCUUACCCAAAAUUUCCACACCAUGUUUAAUGAGCGUAACACAGAGGUCAUUGGUGGACACAUUGACGGUGCUGAUAUCCUCUUUGCAGACCAAACAAACCCAUCGGUCUAUAACAGCUGGUUUGGAUCACUGAAAACCACUCCUGAUGUGGUCCAAUACAACCUAAAGCCACUGCACACCAUACUCUCAAGUGCUCAUCCUGCCAGGGCCGGACUGAAGCAAGAGGUGGAAAAGUACAUCAAGAAAAAUGCAGUGUUGAAAAAAUGCUCAGAAACCUGUCAGAUUGGGCAAAGAUCCAAUAAAAGGGAUCCUUGUGCUUGUGUUUGCAACAGUGAUCAGAAUAUCAAGUCAAACUGCUGUCCUGCUGGGAAAGGUCUUGCUACAUUAAAGGUUUUCAGGCUCUAUGCACAAGGGUUGUAUGGUGAUAGGUGGACUCAGACAGAUGGUUCAGUUGAGGUGAGAUACGGAGAUCAGGUAAAGCGCACUGCCAUCAUAAGUAACAACGACAAUCCCACAUGGUCGGAGAAAUUUGAAUUCGGACCCAUCGUCAUUAAUAUGAGAGACAAACUUACGUUCCGUGUUUAUGAUGAGGAUACCUACUGGGAUAGUGAUCUACUUGGUGAGUGUUCAUUUGAUCUGCAUAGAGGGAAAGUGAGUGACAGCUGUAUGUUUGACCAUGGUACCUUCUUCUUCUCCUACAUAGUAGAAUGUGCACCAAGUCUCGGUGGUCACCAAUGUCAAGAAUACAUGCCCUCCCCCAUGAGUCCCUCUUUGGCCAAGGUCUUCCACACCAGAAAUGGGGUCCUUCUUGGAGACCUGGGGAAGAGGUAUGCUAAGUCACUCAGUCAGUCAGGUUAAGG